AUGUCCCCUUCGUUGCAGAGGAGUGGAAGCACCCCAGUAUCCAUCUCGAACUCUCGCCUGGCACCGUAUCUCACUGCACCAAGGUACGGAGACCAGGCGACCAAAGAUCCAUGCCGGUGGGAGCGAAACGAGCAGCGCUGCUCUCCCAGGCCUCACCUUAUCAUCCAGGUAGGAGAGAGUGACAUGCAGCAUGGACCGACGGAAGCGCAAGCAGCCGCCCAGCAAUGCCAGCGAGACAAAUAUCAGGGGCUCGCCUAUGAGACGGAGAGGCGAAUUUGGUGCUGGUGUUAG